CAAAGAUGCUGCGAUAUUGGGGCGAGAUUCCAGUUUCAUCUAACCAGGCCAACCGCAGCUCCUUUGACCUGCUUCAGCGUGAGUUCCGUACAGUGGAAGUCCAGGAUCCUCCACUGCACCAGCCUUCUGCGAACAAACCCCGUCCCACCACCAUGCUGGACAUCCCCUCGGAGCCCUGCAGCCUCACCAUUCACACCAUCCAGCUCAUCCAGCACAACAGGCGGCUGCGCAGCCUCAUCGCCAUGGCUCAGGCUCAGAACCAGCAGCAAGCGGAGGGUAUAAAAGCUGAAGACAAUGAACCUCUGCCGUCUCGUCCGGCCUCUCCGCCUCUCCCUGAUGACCUGCUUCCUCUGGAUAGCAAAACCCCAAAAAUGCCAUUUCAGCUGAGGCACAGUGACCCGGAGAGUGAUUUCUACAGAGGAAAAGGGGAACCAGUGACUGAGCUGAGUUGGUCCUCCUGCCGGCAGCUUCUCUACCAGUCCAUGGCCACCAUCCUGGCUCACACAGGCUUUGAGUGUGCCAAUGAGAGUGUCCUGGAGACCCUGACAGACAUUGCCCACGAGUACUGCUUGAAGUUCACCAAACUGUUGCGCUUUGCAGUGGAUCGAGAAGCCCGCCUUGGGCACACCCCAUUCCCUGAUGUCAUGGAGCAGGUCUUCCAUGAAGUGGGCAUUGGCAGCGUGCUCUCACUGCAGAAGUUCUGGCAGCACCGUAUUAAGGAUUAUCACAGCUACAUGCUUCAGGUUAGCAAGCAGCUGUCUGAAGAAUAUGAGAAGAUUGUCAACCCUGAAAAGGCAGCAGAAGACACAAAGCCUGUAAAGAUUAAGGAGGAGCCUGUCAGUGAUAUUACUUUCCCCAUAAGUGAGGAGCUGGAAGGAGAUCUAGCUUCUGGUGACCAGUCUUUGCCCGUUGGAGUCCUUGGAGCUCAAAGCGAGCGGUUCUCUGCCAACUUAGAAGUAGAAGCUUCCCCACAGACUUCAGGGGCUGAGGUGAAUGCUUCCCCACUCUGGAACUUGGCCCAGGUGAAAAUGGAGCCACAGGAAAAUGAGGAGGCUAAUGUGCAUGGCCAUGGGGUCCUAGGCAGCGAUGUCUUUGAGGAACCAAUGUCAGGCAUGAGUGAAGCUGGGAUGCCACAGAGCCCCAAUGGCUCUGAGAGCAGCUACGGUUCUCAUUCUGCUGACAGUCUGAUGGGAUCCUCGCCUGUCUUCAACCAGCGCUGCAAGAAAAAGAUGAAGAAGAUGUGAAACAGACAGCCUUUUUAUUUAGUCUUGAAGAUAUAAUAAUAGACUUGAAGCAGACUAAGAGAAUACUGUGAUGGUUGUGAUUCAUAAACAGGGCUGGCCCUGAUGUAUGAGGGACCUUGCAUAAAAUUA